AUGCCAAAAGCAGAGACAAAACCACGCGCUAAUACCAAGAAAGCAUCCACAAAAGGAAAGAAAGAUGAAAACGCUCCCAAGCGCGCGCUAUCUGCGUACAUGUACAUGUCACAAGAAUGGCGUCCUCGCGUAAAGGAAGAGAAUGACAAAGUAUCCUUUGGCGAAAUUGGUAGACUGCUCGGUGCCAAGUGGAAGGAAAUGGGCAGUGAGGAGAGGAAGCCAUACGAGGAUAUGGCUGCGGCUGAUAAAGCCAGAUAUGAAAAAGAAAAGAAAGAGUAUGAAUCUAGCAAGGAGGCAGACAAGGUGGAUGACGAUGACGACGAGGAUGAAAAGAAAAGCAAGAAUAGCAAGAAGUCUACUAAAUCUAAGAAACCUGCAAAGAAGGAAGAAAUCGAUGAUGACGAAGAGGAGGCUAAGAGUGACGAAGACGAUGAGUAG